AUGGCUGUGCGCGCACAAUUUGAGAAUUCCAACGAAGUUGGUGUCUUUGCGACUUUGACGAAUUCUUAUGCUCUCGUGGCAAUUGGUGGAUCAGAGAACUUUUACAGUGUGUUUGAAGCUGAAUUGCAAGAUGUUAUUCCCAUAUGCCAUGCCACGAUUGCGGGUACAAGGAUCGUUGGCCGUUUAACAACUGGAAACCGAAAAGGUCUACUCGUGCCCACGACGACGACGGAUCAAGAACUCCAACACCUCCGAAACUCCAUCCCAGAUUCCGUAAAGAUACAACGGGUGGAAGAAAGAUUAUCGGCCCUCGGCAACGUGAUAUGUUGCAACGACCAUGUAGCCCUCGUCCAUCCAGAUUUAGAACGGGAAACCGAAGAAAUAAUAUCAGACGUCCUCGGCGUCGAAGUCUUCCGUCAGACAAUCGCAGAUAACGUCCUAACAGGAUCAUACAUGGCUCUCUCCAACCAAGGCGGCAUCGUCCAUCCCAAGACCUCCAUCCAGGACCAAGACGAACUCUCCUCCCUCCUCCAAGUCCCCCUCGUGGCGGGCAGCGUCAAUCGCGGCUCGUCUGUAGUCGGCGCGGGAAUGGUGGUUAACGACUGGCUUGCGGUGACGGGGCUGGAUACGACGGCGACGGAGCUGAGCGUGGUCGAGAGUGUGUUUAGGCUCGGCGAGGCUGCGGAACGGGGGUUGGGGAAUGUUAAUAAAGAGACUCUGGUGGAGAGCUUUUAUUGA